AUGCUUUAUAGACUAACCAUUUCAUGUUUGCCUUUAGAUAUUAUAGUUCUUAUUGCAUCAGUGGCAGUUGUGUCUGCUGGAUCUCAGGGAAAUAUUUUUGCUACAUCAGCCCUACGAAGUCUUCGAUUCCUACAGAUCCUCCGUAUGGUGCGCAUGGAUCGGAGAGGAGGGACAUGGAAAUUAUUAGGUUCAGUUGUUUAUGCACAUAGCAAGGAACUUAUCACAGCUUGGUACAUAGGAUUUCUAGUGCUCAUCUUUUCCUCGUUUCUUGUUUACCUGGUUGAGAAAGAAGCUAACACACAGUUUCAAACAUAUGCAGAUGCUUUAUGGUGGGGUACGGUAAGUGCAAUCCAUCUUGAAUGGUUAAAAAUUUUCUCUUUGGUCAAGGACUAG